UUUUUUUUUAAUGUCAGUUCUUGUGGUAAUAGCAGAGGCUGGCUGCUCCAAACCUUUUAUUUUAAAAUGUCAUCAAGAGGCAAAGGCUUAGAUGAUGUUAACCUGCACUUUGAUUUCAGUGCAGUGCUGGUUAUAUGCACUCUGAAAAUACAGCCCAAGGUCAGUAACAAUAUUGACAGAAUGAGCACCCAUUCAAAGUUCAACAUUAAAGAGAAGUUAGCAUUGCAGGCACAGGCACAGUAAUAUUUAACGCAACCAUUUUUUUUUUUUUUCCCAGUGGAACAUAAACCUUAUCCAUUCAUCCAGACCUACCAUAUAUUCAGGAUGAUUUGGAUUUAUCAGACUUUUUAUUUCAUUUUCUUACUUGCUUCAGUUUAUGGUGAAUGUGUGACUCAGAUCUAUGAAAAUACAUACUUCCAAGGAGGAGACCUCUCCACAGUUUUCACACCAAGUGCCAAUUACUGUCAAAUAGUGUGUACUUACCAUCCUACCUGUCUGCUCUUCACAUACUUGCCAGUGACAUGGACUAAAGAUCCUGCAAAGAGGUUUUCCUGCUACUUAAAAGACAGUGAUACUGAAAUGUUGCCAAAAGUGGAUAUGGAAGGAGCUGUUUCUGGACAUUCUUUAAAACAAUGUAACAUCAAAAUUAGUGCUUGCAGCCCAGAUGUCCACAUAGGUCUCGAUAUGGAAGGGGAAAAUUAUGACGUUACUGUGGCUGAGAGCUAUCAACAGUGUCAAAAAAGAUGCACCAAUGAUGACCACUGUCAUUUUUUUACAUAUGCCUCAAAAACUUUUCACAAUGAAAGCUUUCGUGAAAAAUGCUUCUUGAAACAUACCAGGUUAGGAACUCCAACCAGCAUAAGGGUGCUUGAUGAGGUUGUGUCUGGAUUCUCCUUAAAGCCAUGUCAGCUUUCUGAAAUAGAUUGUAAAAUGGACCUUUUUGAACAUCAAGAAUUUUCAGGAAUGAAUGUUACAAGUUUCUUCACUCCUGAUACCUCUGUCUGCCAAACUAUUUGUACUUAUUUUCCAAAUUGCCUGUUCUUUACAUUUUUCACCAAGGAAUGGCAAAUAGCAUCACAAAGAAAUCUUUGCCUUCUGAUGACAUCAACAAGUGGAACACCAGAGGCACUUACGUUACGAGAAAAUGCAAUAUCGGGCUUUGGUCUCCUAAAUUGCAGAAGAUACUUUCCUGCCUGCAAUUCUCGCACUUAUGUGCAUAUGAAUUUUUUGGGAGAUGAACUCAAUGUCACUUAUACAAAAGGACACAAAGCCUGUCAGCAGGUUUGCACAGACAUGAUCCGCUGCCAAUUUUUCACAUACUUUCCCCUCCAAGAUUCAUGCAAUGAGGAAAGGAAGUGUGAGUGUCAUCUAAGAAUGUCCUCAAAUGGAUCUCCAGUGGAAAUAAAACAUGGGCCAGGAAGGAUCUCUGGAUACUCACUACGAUUAUGUAAAAAAAAGGCCAGUACUGUAUGCAUGCAGCAUUCUGCAAGAAAUAUUAGGAUAGUUGGAGGGACAGAUUCUUCCCCUGGUGAAUGGCCAUGGCAAGUAAGCUUGCAUGUGAAAUUGUUUCGUCGGAGACAUCACUGUGGGGGCUCUAUCAUCAGUAACCAGUGGAUUCUUACAGCUGCUCACUGUUUCAUGAGUCGUCAGAAUCCCAACAUUUGGCGUGUUUAUGCUGGUAUUUUAAAACAAUCAGAAAUAAAAGAGGAUACACCUUUCUUCAAAGUGGAAGAGAUUAUUAUUCACCCUCGGUAUACAUAUGCACAGACUGGAUAUGACAUUGCUUUACUGAAACUGGAUAAACCUAUGAAUUUUACUGAUCUUCAACUACCUAUUUGCCUGCCAUCAAAAGAAGAAGCUAACAUACUUUAUACUGACUGUUGGGUAAUUGGAUGGGGUUACAGAAAGGAAAGAGGUCUUGUAGAAGAUAUUCUUCAGAAAGUUACUGUUCCCCUAAUGUCAAAAGAGGAAUGCCAGGCAAGAUACCGGAAGCGCACACUAGAUGACAAUGUGAUCUGUGCUGGCUAUGAUGAAGGUGGAAGGGAUGCUUGCAAGCUUAUUUUAAAGCAUCCGCUAUCCAUAAUCACCCAGAAGGGAGGGUGCUGGAUAAGGGGAAUGGAAGGCUAAAGACAGCUUGAACAGACUGGUCUGUUCAUUACAAGAAAUGAAAAUGUCACAGCAGUGUGAGGUCAGUGAGCCAAAUUCUCUGCUUGAGAGUAAACUCAUGCAAUUCUAUUAACUUAAAUAUUUUGAGUUAAUUAUAAUCAAAACAAAUAUUGUCUGAUUAGUAGCAUAUUUUUUCAAUUUAAACAUUUAACAGUUGUGUUCUAUAUUUAUGCACUGUUUCUAUUAUCAGUAUUAGGUAUUCAGGAAUAAUAAUUCUUGGAGCUGGGAAGUAAUUUUUCCUCAAUGACAAUUAAUCUUUAUCUGAUACAGCAUAACAGAACAUGGGGGUGAUGUUAUAAGAAAAUAAUACACUUGUUGUUCUCCCAACAGUUCAUAACAGCUACAAUAAAGAACCCAGUGUUCAGAAAGAUCAAUUUGAAAUAGGAAAACAAAUGUGUUUUAUCCCAGGGAGGACAGAGUCAGUCAAACAAGACAACAUACAGAACUGAGAUUUACAUACCAAAAACAAAGUUAUAAGAAAAAGCAUUGGCAAAUUUACUAUUUUUCUCAUUUGUUGAUGUGGUCUUUGUUGGGUGUUAAAUCAGUGAAUAUAGAUAAGUCAAAAACAAACAAAAGAAUGAGCAAAACACCAACAGUUUUGAACCUUAAAGGAAAAUGAAAAUAAUUUGCAAUGAUUGGAAAGUAUUUAGAAGUAAUUUUACUAGAUAAAUAGAAAAAUGUCUACACUCUCUGAAGCAGGUAUAAGUGAAAGUAAUAGGCAGUUAUGCUGGUAUUAACACUGAAUGAUACUGAUUUUUUUCAAGGCUUUCUUUGAGAGAGAAAUACUGAUGAGAGCUGUU